AUGUCGAUAAAAAAGAAGCAGCGGGAAACAAAUCUGGGUUUUUAUCGACGACUCGCGGUGCAAUUUCGAGAUUCUUGGUGCGACAUAAGUCCGGUUCUGGAUGAGAGCGGUAACGGGGUGUGUGGCAUGUUGUUGAUGCCAUUUUCCCUGCGUUGCGCUCGUGUUGAUGAGUCGGGACUGUACUCAUUUCUCAAUGAGUUGGGAGAGGAUUGUCUUCGGAAAGUGUUGGGCAGCUCGUUCAAUGAAUCAAUAGCUACCAAGUGGGAGGAGACUUCUAAUCGUGAGUUCCGGAAGCGUGGCUCGUGGCGAGGGGCAGCCCUGCGUUCUUUCACAAGUCACCGAGAAGCCAGUGUGGCGGACCGAGAGGGCAGUUUGGCGGACCGAGAGUUUGCAGGGGUGAGUCGUCUGGGAACUUGGACAGCCCGCAAAGCCGACGGGGAAGAGCCCAUGAGUACGGAGAUGCGCGAGCGGCGGGUGGACUCGUCGGCAGAGUUGGAGUCGUUCUUUGGCAUGGAGAGCAGCGGUUGUCGGUGUCGUUUGAUCAAGCGGCAAAAGACUAGUUGGAGAGCCGACGUUUCGGGAAGGGGCGAGGCUUUGGGAAGGGGCGAGGCUUUGGGAAGGGGCGAGGCUUUGGGAAGGGGUGGCGGCCUGGGUUGGCAGGAACGAGUAAGGCGUGCAGUUUCGAACAACGAAGUGAUGGCGGUGGUGAGCAAGGCAGAGCAGUGCGAAAAAGGUGCUCAGGUGUUACUGUUGUUCGGCGGCAAGGACAUGUUAUCACUAGACUGGUUGCCGAUGUUGUCGCGAAUGUACCAUGUGUUUGCUACUCGCGCUACGAUCGCAUCUGCAUCGACGCUGAACCAGACGGACUUGUAUCGGUUCAACACGAUGGUUUUGAUGUUUGAAUUGCCGGGUUACGGAAUGAACAUCGGUUCGAGUACGCCGGGGGAAUUUCGCCGGCAGACCUUCGCGACACUGGACCGUCUUAUGACUCUGUUGGCGCCGCCGGUCGGAGGUGGGGUCGGAGGCGUGAUGUUGUGUGUCGUGGGCUACAGCCUGGGUUGCGGUAUGGCGGUGGAGGCUGCGGAGUACCUGGAGACGACGUACGGGGCUCAGGCGACGUUAUCAGAUUUGGUGUUGGUGGCUGCACCGACGAACAUACCUGAGUGCGCCACGCAGUGGCUGAACGUCCCGAGGGUCAUGGAACCGCUGGCAACAAAGCUCGUAGAGUUCUUCGAACGACGAGACCUCGCCUGGGAGAACUAUACGGGCGUUGCCAAACUGCUCACUGCCGUCGCCAAAAAUUAUGACGACCUACGCACCUUCAAGCUCGCCUUCAUCCACGGGUCGAAUGACAACCUCGUCAAACCCGAACUGGGCUGGAAUCUUUAUCAACAUGCCAUCCAAGUCGCCGCCAAUCUGCUAGCAGACAGAGACCAGACAAAACAAAAAUUUCUGGAAUCCAUCGUAGGUCGCACCUCUCUGACUAAAACUCUACGACCCCCUCUGCCGAUGCACCCCCUCUGCCGCUACGACCCCCUCUGCCCAUGCACCCCCUUUGCCGAUGCACCCCCUCUGCCGCUACGACCCCCUCUGCCCAUGCACCCCCUUUGCCGAUGCACCCCUUCUGCCCAUGCACCCACCCGAUGCACGUAA